GCUAGCUGGAUAUUAGAGUUAGCUAGAUACUAGAUAGCAACUUUCAAAAACUGUAAAGAUUAAUAACAACAUGUUAACACGUUAUAAAAAGUAUUACAUUAUUUAAAUCCAUAAAAAACCGUUAGCAGACAUUUUGUUAUGUUUUCUAACAAAUAUUCGUAUGAAAACAUGGAGACAAAUAAUAAAAAAUCAUUGUGUUUUAUUCCAAUAAACACACUAAAUGACGUACAGGCUAUUCGUUGUGCAGAAUUCCAUCCAGAUGGAACCCUAUAUGCUGUUGGUUCUAACUCAAAGACUUUGAGGAUAUGUUUGUACCCUCAGCAAAAUAGUAAUACAAGCAAAACCCAGUCAUUCCAAUCAAGUGUAAUUUUUAAGCGUACAAAGCAUCAUAAGGGAUCAAUUUACUGCCUAUCGUGGUCCAAGGAUGGAGAAUUUAUUGCAACUGGUUCUAAUGAUAAAACCAUUAAAAUAAUUAGGUAUAAUAGCGAAGAAAAACAACUAGAGGGUCGAGAAAUAGAGCUACAAUUUCAUGAUGGUACUGUCCGAGACUUGUGCUUUCUAAAUGACAUAGAGAGGAAAUUCCUUGUCAGCGGAGGUGCCGGGGAUUGCAAAGUAUAUGUAAGUGACUGUGGGAUUUCCACAACUCCUGUUCAUGCUUAUACGGGUCACACUGGUCACAUAUUUUCGGUAUACAGCUGGGAAAAUAACAUGUUUGUAACGGGCUCACAGGAUAAAUCUGUACGAUUCUGGGAUAUACGUGUUCAGGAGUCUAUAAGCACUGUCCUACCAUCUAGUUAUUAUGACCCUGUCGGUUCUCCAGUUACAUCGGUUUGUGUUGAUCCCACUGGAAGAUUGUUAGUAUCAGGUCAUGAAGAUGCCUGCGUUCUGCAUGAUAUUCGGCGUAAUCGACAAAUCCAGUGCUUCCAACCGCAUUCUGCGGAUAUACGGUCUAUAAGAUUUUCACCAUCUGCCUAUUAUUUGCUGACCUGCGGCUACGACAAUAAAAUUGUUCUUACCGAUUUACAAGGAAAUUUAACAUUAUCUCUGCCUUCAGUUGUAGUGGGGGAACAUAAUGACAAAGUUAUUUCAGCUAGAUGGCAUCCAAGGGAUUUCUCAAUUCUAACAACAUCGGCUGAUAAAACAGCAAAAUUGUGGGCUAUACCAAAUAUCUAACGAACAUUUACAGUGCUUCCAAUAUACUAAGCCAAAAAAGAGCAAAUAAUUUUAUAAUUGUGUAUGAGAAGAAGAAGUCUGUUUAGUAAAGUAUCUAGAGCUAGAUGGCUCACUUAAA